UCUUAAUGAGGCUAUCAUUAUUCAAAACAAAUGACACAAAACAACUUUUUAAUAGAAAUGUAAAUUAAAAUGGGAUUGACCUGAAACCUGGGGAGAAGUAGAAUAGUGUCACUAUUAAUACACUACCAUUCUAUUGUGUUUUCUGUGCAAAAUAGGUUUUGUCCAGUUUCUCCAGUACUAUUACCAGAGUGGCUGUCUGUACAGACGUCGAGCCCUGGGAGAGAGUCACAACAUGGAUUUGACAGUUGAGGGUUUCCUGUCGUGGAUGUGGCGAGGCCUGACCUUCCUUCUGCCCUUCCUGUUCUUUGGGCAUGUUUUCAUGUGUGGCUGCUCCUACCUCGUGUUUUUCAUGGGAACUUUUCCACCACACUUGGUGUGGUCUACCAUAAGUACAUCCACAACCAAGACACGUCCAAGAGCCUAUAAGACUGGAAGAGAAAGAUAACUGGACAUUGUUACGAACCCAACUAUUUAUUCAAAAUAAUAUGUGCCAAAGGUGUUUUAUACUAAUGUACUUUUUGUCUAUUUUAUACAGUUGUCUUGUAAACCAUGUACAUUUUUCUGUUGCACCUUCUUAUCAAACGUGUUUUGUUUCUUGUUUUAAUUUCUGAAACACAUUGUUCUUUGUUCUUCUGAGAAAUGCAGGUUGUCACUUCCAGCAUCAUCCAAGAUUUAAUGGUGUGUGAGAUUACGAGAAUGGGUCGGAGAAAUUACAGGCCAUGCACUGACAAUCACUAAACUGUGUGUACAUAUUCCACUGUGUCAAGAAAGCUCACUCUGCAAUAAUAAGACACUAGCUGAGUCUGUGCUUUGUUCAUUUUGUUUAAAUGUCUCAUUAUGAGACCGCAACGUGCAUUACUACUGGUAUGUUAGGGAUAUGUUGACAGCAUUACUUUCUUCUUCUUGACUGAUACUAUUUUGUGGAUGGAUAUUGUAAUUCAUGAUGAUUUGAUAUGGCGGCUGAUAUCAAAAUGAGCUCUAGGAGUUUUCAGGGACAUGGUGGUAUCACAUUUAACUGAUUCUAUUAUAUAUAGCAUAAUGUACAUAAACCACGAACACGUGAGAGGCGUGGCGCGUGGUCGCACAAUAAUGACGUAGAGGAAAUUUGACUCCGAUAUUGUGCUGGAUACAGUCAGGAGCAGUUUGAAGUCCUCUCUCUGCCCUGGCUGCAGCCGGUGUUGACCUGUCAGACAGUGAGUGGCCCCAUCGAGGACAUGGAGGUAGAGCAUGUAGCCCCGGAAGGCCCUGACGUGGCCCCUGUGGAGGAGGAAACUCUCUUCACUAACUUGGACAUAUUCCUUUUUUCUCUCAUUGUUGGCCUACUCAUCUACUGGUUCCUUUCUCGCAAGAGGACUGAGGAGACCAUCCCAGAGUUCAAGAGGCUCACACCUGUAGUCACUCCGCAGCGAGAAACCAGCUUUAUUGAAAAAAUGAAGAAAACGAACAGGAACAUGGUGGUUUUCUACGGCUCUCAGACGGGCACGGCUGAGGAGUUCAGCGGCCGACUGUCCAAAGACGCCCAGCGCUACGGAAUGAGAGGCAUGUCAGCUGACCCCGAGGAAUAUGACAUGUCGGAGCUGCCUCGUCUUGCGGAGAUCGACAACUCCCUGGCUGUGUUCUGCAUGGCCACCUAUGGGGAAGGGGAUCCCACAGACAACGCUCAGGACUUUUACGACUGGAUGCAGGAGAACGACGAGGACCUGAAAGGAGUCAACUUCGCGGUGUUUGGCUUGGGGAAUAAAACAUAUGAGCACUUCAAUGCAAUGGGAAAGUAUACUGACAAGAGACUAGAAGAGCUGGGUGGCAAGAGGAUCUAUGACCUGGGAAUGGGAGACGACGAUGGCAACCUUGAGGAAGACUUUGUAUCAUGGAAGGAGCAGUUCUGGCCUGCUGUGUGUGAGCACUUUGGGGUGGAGGCCACAGGAGAUGACACCAGCAUCCGGCAGUACGAGUUGGUGGUUCCAACUGACAUCAACAUGAAUAAGGUGUACACUGGGGAGAUGGGUCGCCUCAAGAGCUUUGAGACCCAGAAACCGCCUUUUGAUGCUAAGAACCCCUACUUGGCCACAGUGGCUGUCAACCGCCAGCUGAACCAAUCCGGCGACCGCCAUCUGAUGCAUCUAGAGCUGGACAUCUCAGGUUCCAAAAUCAGAUAUGACUCUGGAGACCACGUUGCUGUUUACCCCGUUAAUGACGUGUCAAUAGUGAACAGAAUAGGCCAAAUCCUGGAUGCCGACCUGGACACUGUUAUCUCUCUCAACAACCUCGACGAGGAGUCCAAUAAGAAGCACCCGUUCCCGUGUCCGACCACAUACCGCACAGCUCUGACCCACUACCUGGACAUCACCAACCCCCCUCGCACCAACGUACUGUUUGAGCUGUCCCAGUACGCCACCGACCCCAAGGACCAGGACACCCUGCGCAAGAUGGCCUCCGCCUCCCCCGAGGGCAAGGGUCUGUACCAGAGCUGGGUGCUGGAUGCUCAGAGGAACAUCCUGGCUGUGUUGGAGGACAUGCCGUCCCUCCACCCUACCAUAGACCACCUGUGUGAGCUGCUGCCCCGCCUACAGGCUCGCUACUACUCCAUCGCCUCCUCUGGCAAGGUGUAUCCUACCAUGGUGAGCAUAUGUGCGGUGGUGGUGGAGUUCCAGACCAGCACAGGGCGGACCUUCAAGGGUGUGGCCACCAACUGGCUGAAGAACAAGGUUGUGGUGACGGACAACGGCCACAAGGCCACUGUGCCCAUGUACGUCCGCAAGUCCCAGUUCCGGCUUCCCUUCAAGGCCAGCAACCCGGUGGUGAUGAUUGGGCCCGGCACGGGCAUCGCCCCCUUCAUGGGCUUCCUCCAGGAGAGAGGCUGGAUGAAGGAGCAGGGGAAGGAUGUCGGCGAGACGAUACUGUACUUCGGCUGUCGCCGCAGAAACGAGGACUUCCUGUACCAGCAGGAACUGGAGGAGUUUGAGAAGGCGGGCGUGCUGACUCAGCUCAACGUUGCCUUUUCCAGAGACCAGGAAGGGAAGGUGUAUGUGCAGCAUCUCCUGAAGAAGAACAAAGAACAUCUGUGGAAGCUGAUCCAUACUGACAAUGCUCACCUCUACAUUUGCGGGGAUGCUCGGAACAUGGCACGGGACGUGCAGAACACCUUCUAUGACAUCGCUGAAGAGGUCGGAGGCCUCACACACACACAGGCUGUGGCCUACAUCAAGAAGCUGAUGACCAAGGGCCGCUACUCUCUGGAUGUGUGGAGCUAAAGAAGAUGAAGCUUACUUGCAGGACACCCUCACAACCCCCGAGAUGUUACCCCUCACCCAAAUGAAAUAGGUUAACGGUAAACACCUUUUUAAACAGUUUUUGGAGGUAACACGUCAGCACCUAAUCUCUAAAUGGAAAGACGUAUGUCUGAAUUUUUGUUGUCCUUAUUAUUGGAUUUGUUUGUAAUCUUACUGAAAGCCUUUUGUGGGGACUCGUACUGAGAAGUAGUGCUGUUAAUUUAGGAUUGUUUGGGAAUUGGCUCAUACUCUAACUUGACCCCUAACCCCCAGGUCUUUCAUGUAGAUUUGGUCUACAUUCUCCUUUAAGGUUAUGGGGAAAAAAACAUCUCUAUUGUGGAAUAAAUCAAUAGAUUUUUUUUAUUAAGAGUGCAGGCAGACCUUCAUUGUUUCACGUCAGAUUAGAAAAGUUGGAGAUGAUCAUUUACAGUACCAGUCAAAAGUUUGAACACACCUCAUUCAAGGGUUUUUCUUUAUUUUAAAUAUUUUCUACAUUGUAG